CUGCACUACGGGACCCUCCUGGGCAGCAGAGCUUGUGCCCACAUGGCAGCAGCUGCCUGGGCCAGUGCCUUUCUCUACUCACUGCUGCACACAGCCAAUACAUUUUCCCUGCCUCUGUGCCAUGGCAAUGCCCUGGACCAGUUCUUCUGUGAAAUCCCCCAGAUCCUCAAGCUCUCCUGCUCCAAAUCCUACCUCAGGGAACUUGGGCUUCUUGCUCUAAGUGUCUGUGUAGCCUCAAGCUGCUUUGUGUUCAUUGUUUUCUCCUAUGUGCAGAUCUUCAGGGCUGUGCUGAGGAUCCCCUCUGAGCAGGGACGGCACAAAGCCUUUUCCACCUGCCUCCCUCACCUGGCUGUUGUCUCCCUGUUUCUCAGCACUGGCUUUUUUGCCUACCUGAAGCCCCCCUCCAUCUCCUCCCCAUCCCUUGAUCUGGCCCUGUCAGUUCUGUAUUCGGUGGUGCCUCCAGUGCUCUCGGAGUGA